GCAAGGGGAGCUUCACGUGGACGAAGGCGGCGGGCAGAAGCGGCCACGAUGGGCGGCCUGGAGAAAAAGAAGUACGAGAGGGGUUCAGCCACCAACUAUAUCACCAGAAAUAAAGCUCGGAAGAAACUGCAGCUCAGCCUUCCAGAUUUCAGGCGACUCUGCAUCCUCAAGGGGAUUUAUCCCCACGAGCCCAAACACAAGAAGAAGGUGAACAAGGGAUCAACAGCUGCUCGGACUUUCUACCUCUUGAAAGACAUAAAGUUUCUUCUCCAUGAGCCCAUUGUCAACAAAUUCCGGGAAUACAAGGUGUUUGUCCGCAAAUUGCGUAAAGCCUACGGGAAGAGCGAAUGGAACACGGUGCAGCGCCUGAAAGACAACAAGCCAACUUAUAAGUUGGAUCACAUUGUCAAAGAGAGAUACCCAACCUUUGUGGACGCCCUGCGGGAUUUGGACGAUGCCCUCUCCAUGUGCGUCCUCUUUUCCACCUUCCCACGCACCGGCAAGUGUCACGUCCAGACCAUCCAGCUCUGUCGACGGCUGACGGUGGAGUUUCUCAACUUCGUUAUCGCCUCGCGCGGUCUUCGCAAGGUCUUUCUCUCCAUUAAGGGCAUCUAUUACCAGGCUGAGGUGCUGGGCCAACUUAUCACCUGGAUAACACCUUAUGCCUUUUCCCACAACCACCCGACAGAUGUGGAUUAUAGGGUAAUGGCUACUUUCACUGAAUUCUACACAACCCUCCUUGGCUUUGUCAAUUUUCGUCUUUAUCAGUCCCUCAACUUACACUAUCCUCCCAAGAUUGAAAGCCACUGUUCAGCAGAAAGCAAGUUGGAGGAUGGAGAAGCUUAUGCCUUGGACUCUGAGAGCACGUUGGAGAAACUGUCCGCUCUCAGCACUAGCCUGGCUCGAGUUGUUGCCCCCAAUAUAGAGGAUGAAGCCGAAGUGGAUGAGUUUCCCGUGGAAGGAGAGACUGCAGAAGAAGAAGAAGCCAGGCAGAAGGAGGAGAAGGACCUGGAGAAACAGAAGAAGCUCUUUGAAGGACUGCAGUUCUUUCUCAACAGGGAGGUGCCUCGAGAACCCUUAGCUUUUGUCAUCAGGUGCUUUGGGGGCAAAGUGUCGUGGGACAAGUCCGUCUGCAUUGGCGCUACCUACGAGGUUACGGAUCCAUGCGUCACCCAUCAGAUUGUUGACCGGCCAAAUGUAGAGCAGCAGGUAGUUGGAAGAUACUACCUCCAGCCUCAGUGGGUCUUUGACUCGGUCAACGCCAAGAUGUGCCUUCCAGUGGCUGAUUACUUUCCCGGCGUAAUGCUGCCUCCUCAUCUCUCCCCGUUCGUCUCGGAGAAGGAAGGGGACUACAUCCCUCCGGAGAAGCUGAAACUUUUGGCCUUGCAAAGGGGUGAAGAACCAGUCGCAGAAGAUAGUGAAUCCGAAGCGGAAGAGGGGAGCAGUGGAGAGGACGAAGGCUCGGAGGAAGAGGAGGAGAAGGAUUCUGACCAAGAAGAUGAAGGGAAACUACGGAAGAUGGAAGCACAGAGAUCUCAGAACAAGAAGCUCCCAGUGAAGGUGACCCCCGGCCAGGUUGUGAAGGAGGAUAAGCAGCGUCUGAUGCAGGAGCAGCAAAGUGAGGAGAAACGGUUGGCCAUCAUGAUGAUGAAGAAACGGGAGAAAUACCUCUACCAAAAAAUAAUGUUUGGGAAGAAGCGCAAAACUAGAGAGGCAAACAAACUGGCAGAGAAACGGAAAGCUCACGACGCAGCAGUAAAAUCAGAAAAGAAGAAAAGCAAGAAGGCACGGCGGGAAUAAAAGAGCCCAUCUCAUUUUGGGCUAUCAUUUCAUAACGUAGCCCUGGAAAGGGGACCUGGGACCUAAAGCCAGAUCUUUCCCUGGGAGGUGGACAGGAUUGGAAUCCCUGAUUCUGUAGGUGUUUGGCCUGAGUCCCCUCUCCAAAGCAGAACUAAGUAGAACUGGGUCUACAAUAACCCUGAUUUCUUUAGGAAAACCCAUUCUACUGAAAAGACACGUAAAUUCUCGGUUCCAUUCUGUUUCUCUCUUUAUGACGGCCGCUGUGUCAGCCUCAGUGAGAUGGUCAGGCAGAUCUUCAAUCUUGGAUGGAGAAAUGUUAUUUUUGAGGAGAGAAAUAGUCACUAACAACCCCUUUGCCAAGGACACAUGAAAUAGCAGGCAUGUGAACAAGGUUCCCAUCUGGAAUCGAAAAAUUGGUUGGCUGCGUAUUCUGAGCAGAUUCCUCUUCUCCCCCAUUAGUUUUGGCACAGAAUAAAACAUUUUGAGGCUCUUGCCUGACACACCAUUUUAAGUGUCAUUUUCUUGCAAUGUAUGUAAAUAAAAUAAAAUCUUGAAUUACGAUAGUUCGGCUGUACCUUGGAGGUUGACCUCUAGCCAGCAAACAUGGCUCCUUUGUGGUCAUUGUGCUGUCUGCCUUUGCAUUUCAGUUGCAAAUUACGGCAUGGUGAAUGAGGCUUCAUUAAACUGAACUUUAAAACACA